AUGAGACAAUCUUACGCCAAAUACGAAAGUAUUGAGUGUCUGAAUACGCGACACAAGGGCAACAAUUAUUGGGGCUGGCAAUUAGCCAUUAUUGUAGGACCGGGAAUUGGUGGUAUGAUCAAACACUUUGGUGUUACGUUGUUCUACAUGGAGACCAAAGCCAUCUAUAACUUUGCUCUGGACAGUUUACAGAAAUCAAUAGGCCCAGGGCCAAAAGCACCACUGAAUACGAGACUCGUGUUUGCUGAAGGGUUCCUGACUCAGGCCGAUGUAAAUCCAGGGCAGUUCUUUUUCUCAGACAGAUAUCAUAUCAAGAUAAACUUCUACAAGAACUUGAGGGGUCUUUAUAGUGGCAAACUCCAGGUAAUGAUUCUAGAUGUCCUACAUCCAGGAACGCGAAGAAGUUCUGAUGCGCACUUUAUAGUUGUAAUCCAGAUACUGCAGACGAGAGACGCGGACUCGACUGCAAGUUACAUUCCUAACCUCGUGAACACGAACAUGUCCAGAUACCUUGCUAAUUAG